AUGAGUAUGAAGAAUUGUGUCCCAAACAUUGUCAACCAUACUGAGGCUUAUAUAUCUCAAGUAUUAGUUGGUACUGAUGAUAGUAGUAGUGAAGAUGAAGCUGAAGAUCAGGCAGGUUCUGAUGGCCUGGCCUAUGAUUCUGAAGAGUUAGAACAAUUUGAGGCUCAAAGGAAAAAGUAUCCUAGUGAAAACCUUAAUGAAUACAAAGAGAUUUACAAAGGCAUGUCUUUCAAGAACAUUCCUGAAGCUAGAAAGUUCAUGAACCUUUAUUCAUUGGUUAAUCAAAAGAAAUUAAAGCUGGUGAAAAGUGACAAAAUUAGAGUAAGGUAUAAGUGUGUAUUGGGCUGCCCAUUUAAAUGUCUCAUUUCCGUUGAAAAGGGCAAUGAGGGGUGUAGAGUGAAGACACUAGAUCCAACACAUGACUGUAAUCCUACUUUUGAUAAUAGUAGGGUUGAAUAUAGCACUAUAGCUUACUACUUCAAGAAGAAGUUGCAAGACAACCCUAAGUAUAAGGUGAAAGAAAUGAGGGCAGACCUGAAGAAUUUAUUUCAACUUAAUGCUAGUAAAUCUAAGGUUAAAAGGGCAAAAGGAAUGAUAUUGGAGAAGUUGGAAGGGAGUUUCACUGAUGAUUAUAACAAGCUUGAAGCAUAUGCCAAUGCUUUGAGGGACAGUAAUCCUGGAAGUGAUGUGGUUAUUAAUUUAUCUAAAGAAUCAUUGUUGCAAGGCAAAAGGAAAUUCCUUCGGAUGUACAUUUAUUUUCAUGCAUUGAAGGUAGGGUACAAAGAGGGCUUGAGACCAUUUAUUGGGCUUGAUGGUAUAUUUUUAAAGUGGAAGGCUAAAAGACAGCUACUAGUUGCUGUUGGGCAAGAUAACAUGAAUCACUUUUAUCCACUUGCUUGGGUUGUAGUGGAUAGGGAAACAAAAAGAAGUUGGACUUGGUUUCUGGAGCUUCUUCACAAUUCAUUGGACUUGAAUAUGGGCAAUGGAGUCACAUUUAUGUCGGAUAUGCAGAAGGGAUUAAUGGAGGCAAUAAAGACAGUACUUCCCGAAGCAAAGCAUAGGUUCUGUGUGAGACAUGUAGAGUCAAACAAGUGCAAAGAGUAUAGAGGUCUUGAAAUGAAGAAGUUACUUUGGUGGAGUGCUUGGGCCACUUAUGAAGAAGACUUCAAGGAUCAGUCGAGCAAGUUAGGACAGUUGAAGGAAGCAGCUGUUACAGACCUGUUAAAGUACCCACCCCAGAGUUGGUGUAGGGCAUACUUUGACACUGUCUGUAAAAAUCAAGGUGUGGAUAACAAUUUUACAGAAUCUUUCAAUUCUUGGAUAUUAGAAGCUAGAUACAAGCCCAUUAUCAAGAUGUUGGAAGAUAUAAGACUCAAAGUAAUGAAUCAGUUGAGAAAGCAUGAAAAUGAGCCAAUGAAUGUGCAGAAAGUGACAAAGAAGAAGCAGCCAUCAAAUGAAAAUGAGGGCAGACAUCUAGGACUAAGAAGCCAGCCAAAAAAUAAAGGACUUUAA